AUGGAAACCACCAACGAAUCAGAAGACUCAGGUCCAAUGAUGAUUGGAAGCCAAGAUCCAAUGUCGCCAUUCUUCUUGACAUCCUCAGACAAUCCUGGAAAUGUACUGGUGUCUCAAUUGAUGAACAACACCAAUUAUCCGAGAUGGAAACGAGCAAUGACGACUGCAUUACGAGCCAAGAACAAAUUUAGCUUCGUAUAUGGAAGCAUUACAAAACCAACAUCUGAUGAAGGAAGGGAGCUUCAUGUUUGGAACAAGUUCAAUUCCAUGGUGAUCUCAUGGAUAAUAAACUCAGUUAUACCAAAGCUCCAUGACAGUGUUGCUUACCUUCAUAAUGCGCACGAGUUGUGGAAAGACUUGGAAGAAAGGUUUUCACAAGGCAAUGCUCCUCGUGUCCAUGAAUUGAGAAGAGAGCUUGCCUUGACAAAACAAGGAGAGCAGAGUGUGUCAAGUUAUUUCACACAACUUAGAGGCUUGUGGGAUGAGCUUGGAACAUAUAGAAAAGCAAAAGAUUGUACGUGUGGAGCAGCAAAGGAUCAACUAGAAGAAAGAGAAUAUUAA